AAGUUACCAUCACCAGCGCACACGGGGGUGUCACCAGUGGCGAACCGCUCCUCGACCACGGACAAGGUCCUCGCGCGUUUCCCCCUUUGGUCCCCGGCAGGAUGAAGCACUUAGACCUUUUCGUUUAAUGAAAAUUGAAUUUGAAAAAGACUAAGACGAGAAGAAAUGGCGAACACGGCUCAUCUCGUUCGCCGGCAAAGCUCCCGCGACUUAAAGCCCCAAAAAAGCAUCGAUAAGCUUGAGAUGAAAGAGAUGCGUGGUAGAUUAAUGGUGGAUAAUCGAAAGAACGUCGCCACUGCCAAUUACGGGGCCACUAAUGCGGCCUUUGAAGAUACCAGUCCUAACAAGGGCAAAAUAGGAAACGGCCCCGGCAACAAUGACGGCAAGGCGACUUUCCGACCGGAAGCGGGCGAAGAUGAGCGUGAAAAUUGGGAUAGCAAGCUCACAUUUCUCCUGGCGACCGUAGGAUACGCGGUGGGCCUUGGAAACGUAUGGCGGUUCCCCUAUCUGGCACAAAAGAACGGCGGAGGGGCUUUUCUAAUCCCUUAUUUUGUGAUGUUGGCCAUUGAGGGUAUUCCUAUAUUUUAUCUGGAACUGGCCAUCGGCCAGAGACUGAGAAAGGGCGCUAUCGGAGUGUGGAAUCAGGUAUCCCCGUAUAUGAGCGGUAUCGGAAUCAGUAGCGCCGUAGUCUCCUUCAACGUGGCUCUUUACUAUAAUACAAUUAUCGCCUGGUGCCUAUUUUAUUUCGUUCAGAGUUUCCAAUCGCAGCUACCUUGGGCGGAGUGUCCCAAUAAGUACUUUCGAAAUGGAUCUUACGCGUCUGAACCUGAGUGUUUGGUCAGCAGUCCUACGCAAUAUUUCUGGUAUCGAACCACCCUGAUGAUAUCCAAGGACAUCAAUACACCGGAAGUGUUUAAUUGGAAAAUCGCUCUGGCGCUAAUUAUCGCCUGGAUUCUCGUCUACAUGUGCAUGAUUAAGGGUAUUGCAUCCUCAGGCAAGGUCGUAUACGUGACCGCCACGUUUCCGUAUAUCGUCCUAAUCAUUUUCUUCUUCCGAGGUGUGACGUUGCCUGGUAUGUCGGACGGUCUGCGGCAUCUCUUCACGCCAAAAUGGUGGACGUUGACCGAUCCUGUAGUCUGGCUGGAGGCUGGAACGCAAAUCUUCUUCUCCCUAGGCCUAGCUUUCGGCGGUCUAAUAGCAUUCUCUUCGUACAAUCCGGUGAACAAUAACUGUUACCGCGACGCCAUCAUGGUCAGUCUGACGAAUUGCUUCACGUCCAUGUUCGCGGGAAUCGUCGUCUUCUCAAUCAUAGGGUUCAAGGCUACCAUGGUUUACGAACAAUGCUUAGCAGAAAAGAAUAGCACGUUGAUCAGUAUAUUCGGCCAAGCCGAUAAAAUACCCGAAGAUAUUCCGAUUGCUGGCACGCUGCUGAAUAUCACGAAUGGCAACGGAUCGCUGGACAAUUUGAUAAUGCCGGAACUGCCUGUGUGCGACUUGGAGAAGGAGUUGGAUAACUCGGCAGCGGGCACAGGCUUGGCGUUUAUCAUCUUCACCGAGGCGAUCAAUCAGUUUCCUGGUGCUCAAUUCUGGUCGGUAUUGUUCUUCCUGAUGCUGUUCACGUUGGGAAUCGAUUCCCAGUUUGGUACUUUGGAAGGUGUUGUCACCAGCAUCGUCGAUCUGAAGCUCUUCCCGAAUUUGAGAAAGGAGAUUCUGACGGGUGUGAUUUGUUUGAUAUGCUGCAUUAUUUCUAUGGCCUUCGCUCAUGGAGCUGGCAGUUACGUCUUCGUGCUGUUCGACAAUUUCAGCGGAAACUUUCCACUGCUCAUAAUCGCGCUCUUCGAAUGUAUAGGAGUGUCCUAUGUCUAUGGUUUGAAAAGAUUCGCUGACGACAUCGAACUGAUGACUGGUAAUCGACCUGGCCUCUAUUGGUUAAUAUGUUGGAAGUACCUCAGUCCAUUGGCGAUGUUGAGUAUUCUGGUCGCGUCCUUCGUCGAGAUAUUUUUCGAAGGAAGCGGUUAUCCGGCCUGGGUAGCGAGUAAAGGUGUUACGGAAAGACACGACUGGCCCGUUUGGGCUCUAGUCCUUAUAGCCAUUCUCAUUCUUACUUCUGUUCUAUGGAUACCCGCAGUCGCUAUUUGCAGAUACUUUGGAAUUUUUAUCAUUGAUGACAACGAAAAGGCCUGGUUUCCCGCGGCGGAUUUGAAAGAAUUCCACGGAAUCAUGCCGCACGAAGUGACAGUGGCUGAGACAUUGCUGUUUUGCAUCAGGAGUGACGGUUCCGAAGGAUUGUGCUGCCCUACGGGCGGCCCCAGUGAUGAUGAGGACGAGGACCUCACCUAGGAUCAAUCUCGAUCGCGACGCGCGUUUCCGUGGAUGAUUUUGCCUCGAGAAACGUUCCAUUUCAUCCUGUGACGAUCAUUUUCGACUGCUGCUGUUUGGUCGAAAGUGGCUGCAAUCCUUUGGUGAAUCUGGUCGAUUUGUAGUUAGCGCAUCCGCGCGGUAGGAUCUUGUCUAUUGUGUCAAUUAACGUAAGCUUGGGCGGUAGGGGCCGUUUCUUCAUAAUGCAAAGACGGAGAUACAUUCGUGAAAGACAUUAAUUUUAUUUUUUUUUUUUUCAAUCAACUUUAACAAUUGUUAACUAUCUCAAAUUCACAUUUUUCCUCAAAGAUUCUCUUUCAAGAUUCUCUGAUUAAAGAAUAGUAUUUGGAAUUUAAGUAUCUAGUACCGAGACAAGGCAUUUUCGAUAAAAAUAUAAGAGAUUUAUUUUUUUGAGAACAUUUGUGAAUGUAUCUUCAUCUAACAGAUAUAACUCGUUUGCAAUUUUGAGUUUCUUAAGUGAUAUUAACUAUGCGAAAUGGCUUUCAAAGCUUCGCGGAUACUGAAGAAUACUAGACUAACCAUCUGCACAGUUUUCGAGCGAACAACACAAUCGCGCGUCGCGUGGACGGAAAUGAAAGGUAAUCUUUCACGGAGAAAAUUGCCUAUUAUACAAGUUAACGAUGAAACAUUUACUCUUUAGCAAUUGCGAUUAACGUCAGAUUUAAUAAGAUUAGCGGUAGGAGCCGUCCAGUGGACUUGGGUGGGUAUACCCGAAACGUUGUUUUAGAUAGGUAGAAUCUCGGAUCAGAGAGCACUUGGAUCCUUAGUUCUAUGGAUAUUUGAAGAUUCGGGAUUUUGAAAAUCAACGGAUCUAAAUACCUAAUUCCAUAAGUACUCAAGAAUCCAGGAAUGCAAGUAAGUAAAUAAAUAAGAUGGAGAUAUUCAGGUAUUUAAAAGCAUAAGACAAGCACAGAUCUAUAAGGAUCUAAGAAUUUAAGUAUAUCAAGAUAUAUAAAUAUGUGAAAGAAUAUGAAAUUCUGCCAAAGAUCUAAGGAUCCAAGAAUCCACGAUUGAUUACGUGGACUGAUAAUGUGACAAUAAAGAGGAUAAAAUUGAUGACAAUAAUAAUUGGAAUAAAUCAUGCUUGAUUGACAAUAAUGUUAACAGUGUGCAAUAUGCAAUGCGCGCACUCGAGGAUGCCUGGAAAGCUGAAAGGCAAAUAAUUCAACCGAUAGAAUUGGUUUCUUCGGGUUAAGAGAUAUUAUCAUCGUCCCGGCCAUAGAUUAAUCAACUAAUUAGUUUCACGUAGGUCAAUUAUUCUGAUUUUCAUCCCGUUGCGCAUGUUCAAAUUCGACCUGAUGUGGAUUAUUAAAAAAAAA